CCUUUUAUUAUCAGUGCUCAAGUGCCAAAGUACAAACCGUAAAAUACGUCUGGGAGCGCUAUCUUUCGCUGUGUGCCGAAGAUACACCAUCAUUUCUCACUGUUUCUUUUAAAAGGACUGGCAAAAAUCAAUCUGGUUAUGAUGAAAAAUGAGCUCUAAACUUUAAUCCAAAAUUCAGAUUUUUUAGGGGGUGACUCCAGUUGGCUUUAUCGUCUUUACUGUAAGACAUUUCGCCUGAAACAUUGAUCAAUAGGUGGGAUUGAGACUGCGAUUGUGCAGCUGGAAAGCACUCCUGGUUCUCCUGAAAAUGCCUCAGGAAAAGGAUCCAGAUGUCCUCUGUUGAGGUGUGUUCUAGUAAAACCGACCUCUGUAGUAUCAAGGGUCAUUUGUUGUCACUAUGAAUGGCGUGCGUCACUGCGGUUGGGCAUUGUGUAGUCGGUCAAUGUUUCUCCAGACUCGUGAAUGACACAACCUCUGCCAUGUAUUUACCGCCGUCUCGCUUUGGCCCUUUGGACUCCACAUAAUCCCGCCGGUCUAGUUAAAGUCCAGCACCAUUCUGAUUAUCCUUAGUCAUUGUUGUGAGGCAAACAACCUGCACAAAUCACUACGAAGGAGCAAGUUUAAAAUCGAUCUGAUGCCUCGCGAUCAGCUGUCCAACAGGAGGAAGCGCAGGGGUAACUCCAGACCCCCGUCCUCCAUGCCUUCACCUCCGGCGUCCUCUGAUUCGGAGAAGAAUGAGUCUAUGAAAAACCUGCGCAUCUCUGUCGGCGGCCUCCCCAUGCUGGCGUCCAUGGGCAACACGACCGACCCACGUUUCCGCCUCAAGUGGAAGCCCAUCGUGGCUAUUGUCGUCUCGGUAGCUUUGGUCCUGCUCCUCAUGCACCUGAGCUCUGGCUCCCGCUCCUACGGCUGGCAAUACCACAAGGCGGUUCACCACGCCUCGCCGCAAGACGAGCGCCGUUACAACGACACCUACCCGCUCAGUCCGCCUGAGCGCACGCCGCACGGAACCCGCUACCGCAUAGCCGUCAUCGCCGACUUGGACACCAACUCAGCCAGUGAGAAGAAGCUGACCUGGUUCAGCUACAUGAAACGCGGGCAUGUUUUAGUGUCCCAGAGUGGUGACAAGGUGGCAGUGGAGUGGGAUGCAGACAAGGUGGUGCUGGAAAGCCACCUGGCAGAGAAGGGUCGAGGAAUGGAGCUCUCGGAGCUGGUGGUCUUCAACGGGAAGCUUUACACCGUCGAUGACAGAACCGGCGUCGUCUACCAGGUCGAUGGGGACAAGGCCGUGCCCUGGGUCAUCCUGACUGAUGGAGAUGGCAGCGUUUCCAAAGGUUUCAAAGCUGAGUGGUUGGCGGUGAAGGACGAGCAUCUCUAUGUUGGGGGUCUGGGUAAGGAGUGGACCACCACUGAGGGAGUGUUUGUCAACAACAACCCAGAGUGGGUGAAGGUCGUAGGCUUCAGAGGGGAUGUUCAACACAAGAAUUGGGUUCCUCACUACCAAGCACUGAAGUCCGCCGCGGGAAUCAAGCCUCCAGGGUACCUCAUUCACGAGUCAGCGGCAUGGAGCGACACGCUGCAGCGCUGGUUCUUCCUCCCUCGUCGAGCGAGCAUGGAGCGCUACGAGGAAGUGGCCGACGAACGGCGGGGCACAAACCUCGCCCUCACCUCCUCCGCUGACUUUAAAGACAUCAAGGUGAGCCGAAUCGGCUCUCUGAACCCCACGCACGGAUUCUCCUCUUUCAAGUUUGUCCCCAACACGGACGACCAGAUCAUCCUGGCGCUCAAGUCGGAGGAAGACGCGGGGAAAAUCGCCACCUAUAUUCUGGCCUUCACACUCGACGGACGGAUUAUCCUCCCGGAGACCAAGAUCGGAGAUGUGAAGUACGAAGGUUUGGAGUUUAUAUAGCUGGACUGGUCUUUUGAGCCUGGAGUUUACACUCAUGUCGCUGUCUCUCCACUGGCCGACAAGACUCCAUCCAUGACUGGAUCAUGCUCCCAACAGAGGAGACUUUUAAGGAACAAGCUUUGCCAUAACAAACAUGGCCGUCCACAGACUCUUAGCCUGUCGUAAUGAAUGUACAAGAAUUUACAAAACUGUGAUAUUGCUUUUCAACCGUUUUCCUCACACAUACCGAAAGCUCUCCAUGUUCUCCCUCCACAGAGCGUAAUUCUGUCAACAAUUUGGUUCAACUUGAAAAACACUGUACACAUUGUUAUAUGGUUCUGUGAGUAAAGAAAUUGUAUUUCUACUUUUAACGGUUUGUAUCUCUGAAAAAAAGACUUGGCUGCACCCACCUGAAGUUGGGAAGAGCCAAAGGUGAGGGACAACAGGAUGUUCUUCCUUGGUACAAGAAAGUUAAUUUAACGGAAACAGAAGUAAAAUGAUCUACGUUCCCACCCUCACCUAUGGUCACGAGCUUUGGGUAGUGAAAGGAUGAGAUCGCGGAUACAAGCGGCUGAGAUGAGUUUCCUCUGCAGGGUGACUGGACGCACCCUUAGAGAUAGGGUGAGGAGUUCGGUCAUCCGGGAGGAGCUCGGGGUGGAGCCGCUGCUCCUCCACAUCGAGAGGAACCAGCUGAGGUGGCUCGGGCGUCUGAACUGGAUGCCCCCUGGACGCCUCCCUGGGGAGGUGUUCCGGGCAUGUCCUACUGGGAGGAAACCCUAGGGAAGACCCAGGAGAGACUAUGUCUCCGGUCUGGCCUGGGAACGCCUCGGGAUCCCCCGGGAAGAGCUGGAGGAGGUUUGUGCAGAUCGGGAAGU